CAGACCAACUCCUUUUCUCCUCUCUCUUUCUCCCUCCAACUAGUAUUUUUAUUUAUUUAUUUUGCCAGUUUGGCUUUCUCUGAAAUCCAGCACAAAAACCCUCCUCACUCGUUAAGUGGCACCUCUUGCAUCUUCUCUCUCACAAUGGUGGUCCUCGAGCUGAUUUCUUCUCUCCUGCUGCAGAAACCCUAGUUCUCUCCCUCUCUCGUUUGCUGAACGAAUCGGAAGAGAGGAGGGAGGUUGUCAUUUUCCUCUGUUCGUAUAGGGGAUCUGUUUUUUGCGCAGCUCGCUGCAGAUCUUACGAGUGAAUGAGCUUCUAGGAAUAAUGGCGACGCGGGACCGUCCGCCAAGGCGGGCUCGACCAGGGCCGUGGCCGCCGGCAGGAGGAAACAUUACCGGUCCUACUGAGGGCGCGCAACCGCCUCUUUCGUGGGCGAAGAGGACGGGAUUUAAGGGUAGAGUUUCUGGGGAGUCCAAUGCGAGUAGUUCCGGUCAGAUUGCGCUUCCGAAACCGAAGGAGGUGGAAGCUAAUGUGGAUCUUGAGGCUGGGAAAACGCACGUGCUUCCUACUCCUCCGGUUGCAGCCCUUGCAGUGGCAAAUGGGCAGCCUGUAGCGGCGCCAGUGGAUCCGACAGCGAGGCCGGUGGAUCCGAUAGGGAGAAAGAGGAGGGAUUCUGAUGGCGGUGGGGUUGGUCAGGGGCCCAACGCCAUUGGUUCCGGGCAGAAUGGACAGCAUCGGUCAGAUCCUCCUGUUCCCCCGAAGCCAAGGAGGGAGGAAGAGGCGGUUGCAUUGCCUCAGGUUCGUGAAGAAGACGAUGGGUUUGCUUCGAGGCAGUCGCAUAUAAAGUAUGAGCUCAGAGAGACACCUGGCCUUGUUCCAAUCGUGCUUUACGGCAUCCAGCAUUACCUCUCGAUUCUGGGCUCGUUAGUUUUAAUACCGUUAGUCAUUGUUCCAGCGUUGGGUGGAACUUCUGAAGAUACGGCAGCUGUAGUUUCUACCGUGCUAUUCAUCUCAGGAAUGACUACAUUGCUUCACACAUUCUUUGGCACAAGGUUGCCGCUUAUACAGGGCCCUUCUUUCGUGUAUCUGGCCCCAGUGCUGGCGAUUAUUAACUCUCCCGAGUUCCAGGGUUUGAAUGGGAAUAAUUUUAAGCACAUAAUGAAGGAGCUGCAGGGAGCUUUUAUCAUGUCCUCAGCUUUUCAAGCCAUAUUGGGAUAUAGUGGAUUGAUGUCAUUGUUUUUAAGGUUGAUUAAUCCAGUUGUUGUGUCUCCUACGGUUGCCGCAGUUGGGCUUUCGUUUUUCAGUUAUGGUUUUACUCAAGUUGGAAACUGCCUUGAGAUUGGCAUUAUGCAGAUAUUGCUGGUCAUUAUAUUUGCACUGUAUCUGCGCAAGAUCAGGAUAUUUGGUCAUCGCAUCUUUUUAAUCUAUGCAGUUCCACUUAGUCUGGGAGUCACGUGGGCCAUUGCUUUUUUCCUGACAGAGUCUGGACUCUAUAGCUAUAAAGGCUGUGACAUAAACGUACCCACCUCAAAUACUCUAUCAGCUUAUUGCAGGAAACAUGUACCUAGGAUGAAACAUUGCCGUGUUGACACUUCUUAUGCUUUAAGUGCUUCACCAUGGUUUAGGUUUCCAUACCCCUUACAAUGGGGCACACCCGUUAUCAACUGGAAAAUGGUCCUCGUCUUGUGUGCAGUAUCAAUUAUUGCAGCAGUUGAUUCAGUUGGUUCAUACCAUGCAUCUUCUUUGUUGGUAGCAUCUAAACCACCUACAGCUGGCGUACUCAGCAGAGGGAUUGGUUUAGAAGGCGUUUCUAGCAUCUUGGCUGGCCUAUGGGGAACAGGAGUUGGGUCUUCAACUCUUACUGAGAAUGUACAUACUAUUGCUGUCACAAAAAUGGGUAGCCGAAGAGCUGUUCAGUUGGGUGCUGUUUGUCUAAUUCUUAUUUCUUUUAUUGGUAAAGUUGGCGGUUUUAUUGCUUCAAUUCCAAUGGUGAUGGUUGCUGCGCUUCUUUGUUUCAUGUGGGCCAUGCUGGCAGCUCUGGGCUUGUCGAACUUACGUUACAGUGAGGCUGGGAGUUCAAGGAACAGUAUCAUUGUUGGGCUUUCUUUAUUUUUCUCUCUGUCUAUACCGGCUUAUUUCCAGCAAUUUGGACUCGUUCCUAAUGCUAACUCAGCCGUACCGAGCUACUUUCAGCCUUACAUUGUUUCAUCUCAUGGACCUUUCCACACUUCUUUUGGUGGAGUAAAUUAUGUUCUGAAUACACUCUUGUCAUUAAACAUGAUAAUCGCCUUUCUCAUCGCUGUAAUUCUGGACAACACUGUUCCUGGUAGCAGGCAUGAACGUGGAGUCUACGUUUGGUCUGAUACGGAAGCCGCAAGAAGAGAAGCAUCCAUUCAAAGAGAUUAUGAGCUCCCUUUUAAAGCGGGGAGAAUUUUCAGAUGGGUUAAGUGGGUUGGCCUUUGAUCAUCCUUCGACAACUUCACCCAUAUUCUUCAUCAGUCUCCACUUUUUCUCCCAUUAAUAUCAGAUUCGGUAAUCUGUUCUUCUCAGGUGGGAGAAUGUUUUCUCUUCUGUUAUGUGGAAAUCUUGUUCUUCUUUACAUCUGUAAGAACAGUUUUGUUUUCUUGUAUUUGCUUUUUUUUUUCUUUAUUUUCUUUUGGAUUUUGAUUUUCUGUAUAGUAUGGUAUGUUUGGAUUAUGGGAGGUGAUAUUGAGUCCUUUUUACUG